GCCGCCGUUGCUGCCGCCGUUGCCGCCGCCAUGGCCGGUACCGGAGCCCGGUGGAUGCCAUUGGCGCUUUGUCUGGCUGUCACCGUGUCACCGGGACGCACCGGGGAACAGCUACAUGUCUGCAAGGAGUCCGAGUACCACUACGAGUACACAGCAUGUGACAGCUCAGGCUCACGCUGGAGGGUGGCUGUGCCACACACGCCUGGACUCUGCACUGGCCUGCCCGACCCUGUCAGGGGCACUGAGUGCUCAUUCUCCUGCAAGGCGGGUGAGUUCCUGGAGAUGCAGACACAGACAUGCCGGCCCUGCGCUGCGGGCACCUACUCACUGGGCACUGGUGUCCGCUUCGAUGAGUGGGACGAGGUGCCCCAUGGCUUUGCCAACGUGGCCACCAACCUGGAGGUGGAUGAUGGCUUUGGUGAUGCGGCAGAGAACUGCACAGCGUCAACGUGGGUGCCACUGGGGGACUACGUAGCCUCCAACACGGAUGAGUGCACAGCCACCCUCAUGUAUGCUGUGAGCCUCAAGCAGUCGGGGACUGUCACCUUCGAGUACAUCUACCCUGACAGCAGCAUCGUCUUUGAAUUCUUCGUGCAGAACGACCAAUGCCAGCCCACGACGGAGGAGUCCCGCUGGAUGCGAACGACAGAAAAGGGCUGGGAAUUCCACAGCGUGGAGCUGAGCCGCGGGAACAACGUGCUGUACUGGCGGACCACCGCCUUCUCCGUCUGGUCCAAGGUGCCUAAACCGGUGCUGGUGAGGAACAUCGGCAUUACAGGGGUGGCCUUCACUUCGGAGUGCUUCCCCUGCAAGCCCGGCACCUUCGCCCCCGCCGCCGGCUCCAGCGCCUGCCAGCCCUGUCCCGCCGACACCUUCUCGGGCAAAGGGGCCACCGCCUGCCAGCCCUGCGACCCCGACACCUACGCCGAGCCCGGCGCGGGGUCCUGCAAGCCACGCCCGCCCUGCACGGACAAGGAUUUCUUCUACACCCACACGGCCUGCGACGCCGGCGGGGAGACUCAGCUGAUGUACAAGUGGGCAGAGCCCAAGAUCUGCAGCGAGGAGCUGCCGCAGGCAGCCCGGCUGCCACCUUCGGGGAUCAAGACCCGGUGCCCUCCCUGCAACCCUGGCUUCGCCAAAGGCAAUGGCAGCACCUGCCAGCCCUGUCCCUAUGGCUCCUACUCCAACGGCUCCGCCUGCCUGAGCUGCCCAGAGGGCACUGAGCCAGUGCUGGGCUUGGAGUACAAGUGGUGGAAUGUGCUGCCCCCCAACAUGGAGACCACUGUGCUCAGCGGCAUCAACUUCGAGUACAAGGGCAUUGCAGGCUGGGAGGUAGCUGGGGACUACAUUUACACAGCAGCUGGAGCCUCUGACAGUGACUUCAUGAUCCUCACACUGGUAGUCCCUGGCUUCAGCCCUCCAAGCCCAGUGCUAGAGGACACAGAGAGCAGGGAAGUGGCCAGGAUCACCUUUGUUUUCGAGACGCUGUGCAGUGUUGGCUGUGAACUCUACUUUAUGGUGGGUGUCAAUUCACGCACCAACACUCCGGUAGAGACAUGGACAGGCUCCACAGGGAAACAAUCCUACACCUACCUGGUGGAGAAGAAUGCGACCAUGAGCUUCACCUGGGCCUUCCAGCGCACCCCCUACCAUGAGGCAGGCCGGCGGUUCACCAGUGAUGUGGCUAAGCUGUACAGCAUCAACGUCACCAACGUGCAGGGGGGGGUGGCCUCCUUCUGCCGCCGCUGUGCCCCACAGCCCACUGGAUCCUGUGCCCCGUGUUCCCCUGGCAGUGCUGUGGACCUCAGCUCGGGCAGCUGCCAGCCCUGCCCACCUGGCACCUACCUGCAGAGUCAGCCCUCCGAUGGGACACCCACCUGCCACCCCUGUGGCCCUGGCACACGCAGCAACCAGCUGCGAUCGCUAUGCUACAACAACUGCAGCCUGGCACUGGCACUGCCAGGCCGGAUGCUGCACUUUGAGUUCCCGUCGCUGGGCAUGGGUGCCGGGGUGGGCACUGGGCCCAGCUUCACCCCCAAGGGGCUGCGCUACAGCCACCACUUCCGCCUGAGCCUCUGCGGGCACCAGGGCAGGAAGAUGGCUUCAUGUGCUGACAAUGUGACAGCAGGUCGGGGGGGCCCUGCCCGUGUAGUCAUCUCUUACGUGUGCCAGGCCAUUCUGGUGCCCCCUGACAUCACCGGUGCCCGUGCAGCUGUGUCUUCUCAGCCCGUCAGCCUGGGUGACCACCUGCUGGGUGUCACCACCAGCUCCGUGCUGGACAGCAUCGUGUCUCCCCCAGAGCUCUUUCCCCCUGGCCACCCUGACCUGCCUGACAUCAUCUUCUUCUUCAGGUGCAGGUCCAACGACAUGACACAGCCCUGCAGUGGUGGCCGGGCCACCACCAUCCGCCUGCGCUGUGAUCCCCUGCUUCUCGGCACUGGCACCCUGGCUGUCCCCAGCAAAUGCCCCGAGGGCACCUGCGACGGCUGCACCUUCCAUUUCCUGUGGGUGACGGCCGAGGGGUGUCCCCGCUGCUCCAGCUCCCACCACCGCCCCAUCGUCGGCGCCUGUAUCGGCGGCGUUCAGAAAACCACUUACGUGUGGCGAGAGCCGCGGCUGUGCCACGGCGGGGACGCCCUGCCGCCGCAGGUGAUCCAAGCGUGCCGGAGCGUGGAUUUUUGGCUAAAAGUGGGAAUUUCCACUGGGACGUGCGUGGCCGUCUUGCUGGCCGCGCUCGCCGCUUAUUUCUGGAAAAAGACUCAAAAGUUGGAAUACAAAUAUUCCAAGCUGGUGAUGGACGCGGCGGCCCGGGAGAGCGAGGCGACGUCGCCCGACAGCUGCGCCAUCAUGGAGGGGGAAGACGCGGAGGACGAGCUGCUCUUUGCCACCGAAAUGUCACUCUUUGGAAAGCUUAAAGCCCUGACGGCCAAGUUUCCCCACCACAGGAGGGUUCCGGGCCUCAGUUUCCCCACCCCACAGCGGAUGCCGGAUGGAUUCGACUCGGUCCCGCUCAAGACCUCAUCCAGCAGCACCGAUCGGGAGCUGUAAGAGGACGGGGGGCACCCUCGCAUCCCCCAGCCUUCCCGAGAGUGGCGAUGGGGCAGAGGGGCACCACGGCCGCCCCACCCCCGGGAAGCUGUGAAGGGAAGGGGGGUACCCACGGCCCAGCCCCCCGCGCCUCCACCGUGGCCUUAGGCACCCGCUUCGGACCGGAGCUUCGUUACGGCUUUUGUACGUGUGUCCCCACCCGCGGCACCCCCCGUGUCCUCCCCAUCCCGAGCACCCA